AUGAGAUCCCCUCAUGAUAAUCGUUUCCCCAUUGAGAACCGUGAUUGGGCGAUGCCCACAGCGCAGCUUAAUCUCGUACUCAAUGAAACUAAAGUGAUGGGCGGCGAGAAUUUGACGGCAAAGCUAUUGAUUGACAGCGCUGAUCCAGAAACGAUCAUUCACUCGCUGACUGCAGAAGUGAGAGGAGUCGGCCGAACUGGAUGGGUCAAUAUCCACACUGACAAGAUUUUCGAGACUGAAAAGGAUUAUUUGAAUACGCGAAUCUCGUUGUGCCCACCGAACACGCCUUUACCCGCUGGCCGACACCAGUUUCCCUUGCAAGUUCACAUUCCCGAUGGAGCCCCAUCAAGUUAUGAAAGUCAAUUCGGCAUGAUUCGAUAUCAGAUUAAAGUACGAAUGGACGCCAACACUGAACAGGCUUCUUGCACGGAGGUUUUCCCGUUUGUUGUCAUUUGUCGCUCGUUUUUCGAUGAUGUCCCCGCGAGUUGCAUGUCUCCGAUUGAUUAUGCUGAUGAGAUUGAUUUCACUUGUUGUUCACUCCCUUUUGGAACAAUUACAAUCAAGGUCGCUCUUCCGAGAACAGCUUUCACUGUUGGAGAGUUAGUCGAGCCAAUUAUUCGGAUAAAGAAUCGUUCAAGAAAGGGUUUAAAAGACUGCUCGGUGACGCUUUCGAUGAAAACUCAAUUCGAGGCGACAAGCAGAUAUGAACAUGUAAAUGAGAAAAAGUUAUCCGAACAACUCAUCGAAAUGGUUAAUCUGGGUGGAGUGCCAGGGAGGAGUACGCAGGAAUUCAACCGAUGCACUUUGCGGAUACCCACCGGAGCGCCUCCGACUCAAAAUUAUAUGGCUUCUGGGCAACCAAAUAUUAUCGCCAUCUACUAUGUUCUUAAAGUGACAGCAACACCAGGAAUCGAGUGUGAGAUGCCAUUAAUUGUGACUUCUGGUGGCUAUCGAGAUGCUCAAAAAAAUACCGCUUUCCAAUAUCAUCUUCAACGACAACGAAAAGAUGCCCUAAAAGAUAACGAGUCAAAAAUCAAUAACAAUCUUAUUGAGUACGCUUUUUCG